AUGGAGUGUGAGGGGGAUGUGGAAGUGUACUUUGGGCAGGACUGGAGGAGAGUUCUGCUGGACUCCUGGAGUGAGUCUGAGGCCUCUGUGGUCUGCAGACAGCUGGGCUGUGGCUCCGUGUUCAGCUUCUCCAGCUCCUCUACAUCCAGUCCUGAACAUAGACAUGUGUGUGUGACGGGUUUCAGUUGUUCUGGGAGUGAAGCUCAUCUGGGGAACUGCAGCAGCGCACAAGCAGUCAACUGCAGCUCCAGAGAACAGCUCUCAAUCACCUGUUCUGGUAAGUUUAAUCCAGCUCACAGCUCCAUCAGGCUGGUUGGUUCUGGGGGAGACUGUGCAGGAAGGUUGGAGGUUUUCCACAGUGGCUCGUGGGGGACAGUGAGUGAUGACUUGUGGGAUAUUAAGGAUGCGCAGGUGGUCUGCAGACAGCUGCAGUGUGGAGUAGCCCUCAGUGCUCCGGUACCAGUCCAGUUUGGACCUGGAACUGGACCUAUAUGGCUAUAUGAGGUGGAGUGUGAGGGGAACGAGACGUCCCUGUUGAACUGCAGAUUUCAGCUGUGUGGAGAGGAUGAAUGUGGACACAAGGAGGAUGUAGGAGUUGUGUGCUCAGAGUUUAAAGAGUUCAGACUCACUGAGGGCUGUGAGGGGAAUCUGGAAGUGUUCUACAAUGGAACCUGGGGUAAUGUGUGUGAAAAUGGAAUGACUGAAGAAACAGUGAGUUUGAUCUGUCAGGAGCUGAACUGUGCAAGAUCUGGCAAUGAGAAACCUACCAAUGCAAGAGUGGAAUCAGCUCCUAACUGGCUGGACAAUCUGAAAUGUAGGAAACACGACUCCACUCUGUGGCAAUGUCCAUCUUCACCCUGGAGACAGAACUACUGUGAUAAUCGCAAUGAGGUGGCUCACAUUACAUGCUCAGAUGAGGGAAGUCAAGUGCUGCAAAGUCGUGUGAAAUGCUCCUUAUCUCCACAUCAGAGACAUUGCUCAAAUCACCUGCCUCUCAGGCUGAAUGCAGGAAAUGGAAGCUGCUCUGGGAGGCUGGAGGUGUUUCAUAAUAAAACAUGGGGCUCCAUUUGUGCUGAUCUCUGGGACAUCAGGGAUGCUCAGGUGGUCUGCAGGCAGCUGGGCUGUGGGCCAGCACUGAGUGCUGAUGGGAGUCCUGUCUUUGGUGCUGGUGAAGGGCCUAUCUGGCUGAACAGAGUGAAGUGUAGAGGGAAUGAGAUUCACCUGUGGGACUGUCCUCAUUCCCUGAAGAACCACAUUGACUGUUCCCACAGGCAGCACGCUGGAGUCACCUGCACAGACAUAUCUGUACCUUCAACUGCUGCACCCAUAAUUACAACCACCACCUCCAUCACCACAGUGGGUCAGACAGUUAAGGGAACAUACACUCCUCCACAAACUCCUCCAGCACCUGUUCCGUUCAUUUAUCCAGCGUCUCUCCUGGUUCUGGGAGUGCUGCUCUUCCUGGCCUUAGUGCUGCUGUUUGUGCUGCUUUACCAGAACAGAGUGCUCAGGAGAGUGCUCUCUAAGAGGAGACGUAAGACUCUGACUGAGGCAGUCUAUGAGGAGAUCGACCGCAGAAACAUCCCUAAAAGAAAUGACUUGACUCAAAGGGGAAGUGUCCUCUCUGAAGAACAGCAUUCAGGAUAUGAGGAUGUGGAUGAGGAGCUUCUUGCAGCAAAGUCUCUGACUGGAAUAAAGGCAGAAUAUUAUGAUGAUGUCACCACCAGUGGCCUGACAAGUGAAUCAGCAAAUGAAAACACAGUGGAGGACUAUGAUGAUGUCAUCACUGCUGGACAUAUCUCUGAUAGUGUAGCAGAGGACGUAGCAGAGAAUUAUGAUGAUGUCAUCACUGCUGAUCAGAGCUCAGCUGUUGUAACAGAAGACAUGACAGAUAACUAUGAUGAUGUUGUUACCGCUGGACCAAACUCCAACGUUAUGACAGUCAACACACCAGAGAACUAUGAUGAUGUCAUCGCUGCUGAACAGGAUAUAGGAGGGGUAAAAGACUAUGAUGAUGUGGAGGAGGCACCUCAGACAGAGAUGAAUCAUGUGACUGAGAGACCACAGCCAGUGUCUUUCCUCAGGAAACUACAUUCAAACCUCUUCAAGCUCAAGAAAUGAUUUUAUCAUCAAUCACAAGUCAAAAUGUUUUAUUGAGCAUAAAUGAGAUAAAGCAGCU